AUGUCGAUUCAACGAAUACCCAUCAUUGUUACCGUGAUUUGCAUAUUAUCAAAUUUAAACCAAUGCGCUGCGGAAGAAUCGCAAAAUGGUUGUGUUUGUGGGUGCGGGUUUGGAUUUGAAGUGUUGUUGACCAAGUUGGAACAUAUUGAAGAGAAGUUGGAGGCUUUGAAAAAAUGGCAAGAGAGCAUUCCAGAGCCUCAAGUGCAUUCAAAAUGUACAAAAGAGUCAACUUCCUUGAGUAAAACUGAGGAACAUAAAGCAAUAGACGUUAGUGCACCCAUGGACGUAACUGAAACAGCCACGAAGGCAGCAGUUGUCGGACAAACAUUGAAACAAAGCAGUGAGAAAAAGACAAACCUCCCACUCGGAAUCAUCGCGACCCCGGAACAGCUCGCUUACGGUGAGGACCAAAUCUACAGCUCCUGCCUGGAGGUGCCAUCCAAGGUCACCGGGAAGUACCUUAUCAGGCUGAGCGAUGACGCCGAGCCGGUAAAUCUGCUCUGCGACAUGCAAUCGGUGGACGUUGGCUGGAUAGUGGUACAGCAUCGAUUUAACGGCUCCGAGCGGUUCUACCGAGGUUGGGACGACUACCGGGACGGAUUUGGCAGCCUAGAUGGGGAGUUCUGGCUCGGGCUGGACCGCAUCAGCUCGAUCCUGAACAAUGGCGGCCAAUGGGAAAUUAUGUUCUGGUUGAUGAACUUCCAGCGGCAAAUAAGGUACGCGAAAUUUAACAACAUUUUGCUGGGAAACGCCACCGACGGGUACACAUUGAAGCAGGUGGGAAAGUACUCGGGAAAUGCUGGAGACUCGAUCAGCCCGCACAAUGGGAUGAAGUUUACUACCUUCGAUCGGGACAACGAUCCAGCUCGGUACAACUGCGCGAAGAAACAUCGGGGCGGAUGGUGGUAUCAUAAGACGUGUGUCUCAAGUAAUCUCAACGGAGAGUAUAAAAAUGCGAUAAAUGACCAGGCAAACAAUUGGCCGACGAUGGGCUCUGCCGGUUUAAUGCAAUCGAAGAUCAUGAUUCGUCAGAUUAAUUAA